AUGCUGAAUGAUAAUUCUGAUUGGACAUACUAUCAACAACCUCAUCUGGUGAGUCUAAUAUUCUUUAAGGUACUGAUGUGCACUAGGUGGGAUAUGAUACAAACUUCAUUUUUGGAAAAACCAAAAAUCAGUUAUGAAUUUUAAAAAAACUUAGUAGAGGUAAUAAGCCGUCCAAUGUUCCAUUCCAGACGUUGAGGGCCACUGGUUUCAUCAGUUUUACUCUGAUUCGUUUACCCUCAUUAAUUAAUGAAGUUGAUAAUAAUAAUGUGUCAGAAACGUCUUGGCCAGCGAUUGUCUUACAUUGUUUUUGACAGAGAGAAAAUACACUACGCCUAUAUAUUUGGUAUGUUUCGAUUACAAUAGUCAUAUACGUAAAGUACGUCGCAGUGCCCAUAAAGAGUCUCAUUUUCGCAAUGGCUGUUUUGAUUUAACGUCUUUUUCAUUGUUAUUGGCGAUGUAAUUACUGUAGUUUCUUUCACAGCCAAGGUCUUGUGCAGAUAUUCUACAUCAGUUUGGACAUGUCGAAAACUUGCAAAAUGGUGCAUACUGGAUCAGUGUGGAUACAGUAGGACCAAUGAAAGUAUAUUGCGACAUGACAACAGAAGAAGGUAAUAGACAGAAUUUCUGUUUCUGUUAGGUUGUUCGCACUUGCUAUACAUAUUGCUGAAUUAUAAACUUAUAGACUUGUAUAAGGACUGUGAUUAAUAUGAGAAAAGUAGGGGUACAGUAUAGGUAUAAUAAGCUGAUGUUACCCUUGUUAGAAACAACGCUAACCUUCUUCAUUCUUUUGUUCGUUACCUUAGUUUUGAAAUUGGGACAUAAAACCAAUCCCUACUCUGGAAUAGGGGCUAAGCCCCCCAGAAAUAGGAGUGUCCCCUCCCCGACAAAAAGAUCAAAGUAAAAUAAAGAUUCGUGAUCGCUGCCUAAAAGAUAAAGUGAACAAACUUGCCAACAUUGUGAUAAAUAAAAUAUUCCUUAAGUCAAUUUAAACUGUGACGCUUCAGCACCCGUAACACUUUUCACAGGCGGCUAAAGCAGCUCUAAAACUGAUUAAGUCGUCUUGUUUAAAAAGCGUGAAAUUUUUCCAUCGCCAGGUGCUAGACCCCACUAAGUCAUCCAAACUGACCAAAACCACUCAUGAAGCCACUUUUUGCAGAAUGUUUGUCGCACAAAUUCUUCAAUUCGCUGCCAGAAAGUGCAAGGAACGGCAUUUUCGAGCCUCAAUUUUUCUAAUUUUUUCCAGGAGAGCCAUCCUAGUUUUCAGCCCUCCUAAGUUUAAAUAUGUAAUUAAAUUAUUACUUCAUUAAUCGAUAGAAUUUCUUGCACUAUAUAUUGGUGGAGGGUACAGAAUACUUUGUCUUUUCUCGCUUCCAUCCUCCUUGUUGCCCAACACAUGCACAAACUACAUUGUAUUUUAUUGUCGCUCCUCAGGUGGCUGGACACUGGUAAACAACAUUGUUCUUAAAAUGCCAAAAUCAUUUGUUUUCAUACUGGAAAAUAACUGGCAAGCGAUCAGUAACUAUACCACAGGCCAAAUUGCUCUCACCGCUAGUGCCCUUGGAGAUCUGAAGAAAAAAAUGCCAUUUAAUCAACUGAGAUUUCAUUGCUUCAAGAAGAUACCAGGACGAACUUUUCAUGUUGUUACUGUGAAAAAUACCCUUGGUGAUGACGUUGUGAAGUACUUUACUGCACAGACUGACAGCUUUCCGAAAUCUUGUGGUUCAUUUUAUUCAUUGCCUGAUGAUAAUUCCAUGUUAAGUAAAAGCUGCCGGCAAUGGAAGGACGGAAAUUGGUCUGCUGUACAGCCUGUACUACCGGAUGAAAAGUUUCGUCUGGUGAGUCAUGUUGCAUAUGUUCAGUCCAAGUACCACUGGAUUUCCAUGCCACCUCGUUGGGAAUGUGAUGAUUAUUAUCCUAGGUAUCUAGACAUUGUUCUUCCUUCAGGCGACUAUUGGAAACUCUUUGUUCGCUAG